CCGAAAACCCAAACAAACAUCGAUAGUCCUGCGAUUAAAGCAGUUUAUAUUUGCAAAAAAGUGCAGUGUCAUUGGUCUCUGCAGAGUGAGUCUAUAUUUGAAUCUACGACUAUCCUGUUUAUUGGAAGGUAUCGUAGGAAAGACUGUCCUGUGCAAAUACCCGUGAACCAUAAAGCAAGAAAAUCUGAAAUCUGCACUGAAACUUCCUGUGUGAGGGGGAAAAGCACUUUCAAAAAGGAAAGGAAAGACCUACUUGACAAUUUUUUGGAUGCUUGCGGCUUUUCAACUUUCACUUUUUUCUCCUGAGGAAAAAGAGUAGUUGAUCACUUGAGGAUUUCUUUUUGGACAUGUUUGGCUGUUGCUAAAGCCAUCUCAACUUUUGAAUUUUGAUUUUGCAUAUCUAUGAAACCAGAGGUCCACACUGUUCCUGCUACAGUCAAAACCUGAAAUAAUUUGAUGGGAGUAAAAUAUAUAAUGCUAGAAACAGCAUUAUGAUGUACCAUUCAACAUCUUCACCGUUUCACUAACGAGAACUUAUUAUGUCGGCAAUGUAACGUAGGGCUUCACUGGCUUCAUUGUCAUGUGACUUUGAACCUUUGAGAGUUAUUUUCUCCAAACGAAGACAGUCUUUUCACCACUUUAAUGAGGUGAGCAGUGGUUUGCAGUGACCUCCAUUGCCAAUAAAAGACUGUCUCUCAAUUAAUUUUUCUUUUCUGAAUGUGUUUGAGUAGGUCUUAAAAUGAUUCGGUAAAAGGCGAGUCAACACAAAAAACAUACUGGCACACAGUGUGGCAGGACAACACCUGUCUCUCUCCACGCACCUGGUGUCAAAGUGGAACUGCUUCAAAAACCGUUGUCCAUGCUUCAGUGCAGACGACUUUCACAGACUGUUUCUUUAUAUUAAUAAUAACCUGGCUCUUCCUCCCAUUUGGGACAAAUCACUAGUCAAUCAAUUUGUUUUGCCAAUCAGCAUCAAGUCUAAUCAGGUUUUAAGUCUUACCAUGAGAUUAUGAGCAAAUGGUUCAAAUAAAUUGAGGGAUUCAAUCUAUCUGGAGAAAAAAGAAGAAAAAAAAGUUGCCUGGACUUGAAUCAGUUGAAUUCAUUGCACAAGACCGGCAUUAGAACUGACUGGAUUCUGGUUCAAGACAGAAAAUCUGUUCUGCAUAGACUCCUAUCCUUGGACUUCAAAAACUGCUUCCUGUUUGGCCAGUUCUCUGGAUUGCCAUUCCAGAUUGUUCCUGCAGUUUUUUGAUAUAUCUCCAAGUGCUUCACCCUGGACGAAGGGAUCUGCCUCUGGGGAAAGGGGCUGCGCUGUCCUGGCGGAGGUGGAGAGGAGGUUGUUGGUGUGCUGCCUCCCAUCUGUCAGUGCACACACUCUGAUCAGUGCCAACAGGCCUGAGGAGGAACCGAGCCCAGCCGGACCGAGAGAGGAGGCAGAGGACUUCAGAGCCACAGACUCUGGGAUCCUGGCCAUGAGGUUUGAUGCCUCGAUCCACUGACCGGAAACACUGGACCUAAAUGGCGCAGCAUGACUUUGUCCCUGCCUGGCUUAACUUCUCCACACCCCAGCCUGCCAAGUCCCCUGCUGCCAACCUUGAGAAACAAGGUGAUCUCCCACCCCACAAAGAUGCCAGAACUGCUGUGAGCCGCCGCCGCCACAACUCUUCUGAUGGUUUUUUCAACAAUGGCUCCCUGCGUGCUCCGACAGGUGAUGGAUGGCAGCAGCCCUCUCUGCUUCUGAGACAUGACUCAGUGGACUCGGGGGUGGCUAAAGGAGGGCACGGUGGGCUGGCAGGGGCCUCAUGUUGGAAGGAAACGCCCAGCUGGCAUGGAGCUCCGCGGGGUUCCCAGGACAGCCACCACCACCAGGGACGCCACCCCAAACGGGGAGGAGGCGACAGGGACAGGCAGGGGGGGCACCGGCAGCGCAAUGGUAACUUCCAUCCCCGCAAGGGCACCUCGUACCCGGACAAAUUCCCCAACGAGGAACGCAAGGACAGCAAGGACGACAAGCUGAAGUUUGUGGAGGAGGACUUUCCUUCGCUCAACCCUGAAACAACUGGAAAGCCUGGGGCUCAGACACGAGCAGUUGCUCCCCACGCUGGAGUAUGGGAAAAUCCACCAAGUGGCAAACAGAUGGUGUCCAAAAUGCUGGUUAUCAAAAAAAUUUCCAAGGAGGAUCCCAGCACAGCCUUCUCUGCAGGGUUUGCCACUGCUGGUGCCCUGCCAACCAACGGCAGCAAAGCUCCCAUCACAGGCUCCAGCGUCUACAAGAACCUGGUCCCAAAGCCGGCUGUGGCCCCUACCAAAAGCACCCAGUGGAAAUCCAGUGGUAGAGAGAUCACAAAGUCUGGUCUUCACAUGCCAGGCCGAGAUUCAGUCUUCACCAGCCCCGUCUCUGCAGCCAAACCCAGCACCCCAGUCAGUGCACCACAGCACAAUACUACAAAAGAGCACCCUUCAAGCACGACUCCUCCCAUAGAUAUUGCUCCAUCACGGCUGAAGUUGAUGCGUCGCGGUCCAGACCGUAAGAGCGAGUUCCUGAGAGCUCUGAAGGACGAAGGCACUGGAGAGCUGACAACAAGCAGCAGCCCAGGAACAUCAGGAGAGGGUGAAAGCAGCACCCCAGAGCCCAAAGCCUACAGCGAGGAAGGCUGUCAUGAGAAUGGUCUGUCUUACUCUCUGAGUGACUCAGACACCGAACACCUGUCCAGCUCCCUGGAGGCAGAGCACAGGUUGCUGAAGGCCAUGGGCUGGCAGGAGUACCCAGAAAAUGACGACAACUUCCUGCCUCUGACAGAGGACGAGCUGAGAGAGUUCCAGACUAAAACUGAACAGCUGAAGAGGAACGGCAUUCAAAGGAAUGGGGUUCUCCCGAGGACACGGGGUGUGACCCUCCACUUCACCCCCUGGAGGAGUGUGGCGGAGGCACACGUCGAGGAGGGCUCCGAGUCCGAAACCAGUAGCAGCAGCCAGACCUCUGAUGACGACGACUGCAUCAAAUCCUAACGUGGCUUUAUGGAACAAAAAGAAGAAGAAGAAAAAAAUACCAACAACACAACAACAGCCAACACCACAUCCCAGCAAGCAAUUCCCCUUUUCCUCUGUCAUCUUUGUUUUUUAGAGCACCAUUCUGAAGAUCUUUCUUUUUUGAUUUUGUUUUUGUUGUUCUUGCACAAGGGAAAAACCAAUCAUAUCCCAGUGAAGGGGGAGAUUCCUGCUCUGCCAGACGUCGUUUUCCCUGCGUUUCCUCCUUCACUGCAGUCCCUGCCCUCUUUUGACCGAUUUUCCACACACACACACCCACAAACCCUCCGUCUCCUCCCCUUCCUUUUUCUUCCUCGCUUUGUGGAACUGAAGUGUUCAUCAAGAAAAGAAGGGCAAUGAAUGCACACUUGAUUCUGCUUUAAACAGACUAACUCAUUUCAUUGAUGAUGCUGAUGACACAUUAUUAAUGAUAUUAAUAAAAAUUGGUUCCUGACAAGCUGAUAUGUUUCAAUAUGAA